CUCACUCCAGGUGCGUCUGGGAAGUUUUGGGGAACUAGACCCAUGAGAGAUCAAGGGUCCACACAGAGGCGAUGGUGAAGCAGACGAUCCAGAUUUUCGCCAGGGUGAAGCCCACAGUCCGAAAGCAGCCACAAGGGAUUUAUUCCAUAGAAGAAGAUGAAAAAUUGCCAACCAGCUUGGAAAUCAUCGUACCUCGUGAUCUGGCAGAUGGAUUUGUAAAUAAUAAACGAGAGAGCUACAAGUUUAAAUUUCAAAGGAUUUUUGAUCAAGAUGCAAACCAAGAGAUCGUUUUUGAAAACAUUGCCAAACCAGUUGCUGAGAGUGUCCUGGCAGGGUACAAUGGAACCAUCUUUGCAUAUGGGCAAACAGGCAGCGGUAAGACAUUCACCAUCACAGGAGGGGCAGAACGCUAUAGUGACAGAGGUAUCAUCCCAAGAACGCUCUCCUACAUUUUUGAGCAACUACAAAAGGAUAGCAGCAAAAUCUAUACAACUCAUAUUUCCUAUUUGGAAAUCUACAAUGAAUGUGGUUAUGAUCUCUUGGAUCCAAGACAUGAAGCCUCCGGUUUGGAAGACUUGCCGAAAGUGACAAUUUUAGAAGACCCUGAUCAGAACAUUCACCUGAAGAACCUGUCUCUUCAUCAGGCAACCACAGAAGAAGAAGCUCUGAAUCUACUUUUCUUAGGAGACACUAACAGAAUGAUUGCAGAGACUCCUAUGAACCAAGCUUCAACCCGUUCCCAUUGCAUUUUCACCAUUCACUUAACAAGUAAGCAACCAGGAUGUGCAACUGUUCGACAUGCCAAACUUCAUUUGGUUGACCUGGCUGGUUCAGAGCGAGUUGCAAAGACUGGCGUUGGGGGACAGCUUCUAACAGAGGCCAAAUAUAUCAAUUUGUCACUACAUUACUUAGAACAGGUUAUCAUAGCCCUUUCGGAAAAACACCGCUUGCACAUUCCCUAUAGGAACUCCAUGAUGACCAGUGUCCUAAGAGACAGUUUGGGAGGAAACUGCAUGACAACCAUGAUUGCAACACUGUCUUUGGAGAAAAGGAAUAUUGAUGAGUCUAUAUCUACCUGCAGAUUUGCUCAGCGAGUAGCACUCAUAAAGAAUGAAGCUGUUCUUAAUGAAGAAGUUGAUCCCAGAUUGGAGAUUGCACGCCUCCAAAAGGAAAUUCAGGAACUGAAGGAUGAACUGGCCAUUGUCACUGGGGAGAUGAGGACAGAGGCUCUCACGGAAGCAGAGCUCCUUCAGCUGGAAAAACUAAUAACAGCCUUUUUGGAAGACCAGGAUCCAGAGAGUAGACUUGAGGUUGGAGCUGAUAUGCGUAAAAUCCAUUACUGUUUCCAUCAUUUAAAGAAAAUUUUGAAUGACAAGAAGAUCCAUGGAAGUACUGUAGGCUUAUCAGAAAUCAAAGGUCAAGAAUGCCAAGAACCAUUAAGAGAAGAAUAUAAAAAGCUACAAGGUAUUCUACAGCAGAGAGAUAAUGAAAUCAAUAUCCUGGUUAAUAUGCUAAAGAAGGAAAAGAAGAAAGCUCAGGAUGCUCUCCAUUUAUCUAGCAUGAAUAGAAGUGAAAGUCGACACUCACAGAGCUCACCUGUCCCACAUGGUGGUAACCUAGAAGGUUCAAGGACAUUGCUAUCCUCAACUCCUACUACAGCCCAAGACUCCAGCCUUUCCAGUUACAGACCCAGUUUGCUUCACAGAAAAACAGGCAUGAGAGAGGAGAUGUCCUUAGGACGCCAGGAGGCUUUUGAAAUCUUCAAGAGGGACCAUGCUGACAGUGUUACCAUUGAAGACAACAAACAGAUUCUGAAACAGAGGUUUUCUGAAGCAAAAGCCUUGGCAGAAAGCAUAAAUGAAGCAAGAAGCAAAAUUGGCAUCUCAGAAAACAUAGCCCUGCCCAAGAUGCAGGACCCACUGGAGGAGAAGCUGAGAUCACAAGUGGAGGAAGAAAAGAAAAGGUAUAAGACAAUGUUCAAGCACCUGAAGGCCCUUAAGGUAGAGAUUGAGCACUUGCAGCUGAUCAUGGACAAAGCUAAGGUAAAGCUGCAGAAAGAGUUUGAAGACUGGUGGACAGAAGAGGCUACCACCCUGCAGGACCAGCAGGCAAACUCACCAGCAGUGAAUUUUCUGGAUCACAGGACACCCUCCUUCCAGAUGCCUGAAUCCCAGCACAGAGAGCCUCUGCUUCUCCCUAACAGAAGUAAUGUUAAUAUCCGGAAAAUCCUGCCCUCACCUUGCCUGAUCCAGCCCAGUCAGGAGGAAAGUAGUCUCAGUGCCUCCCUGGAAAACAGUGCCCCUGACAGGCCAGCAUCAUCCAUCCCUCUUACCGGGGACAGACAGACAGACUCCGACAUCCUGGCAUUCAUCAAGGCCAGACAAAACGUCCUGCAGAGGAAAUGUUUGGGAAGCAACUGAAUUUCCAGUAACCACCCAGCUCUACACUGCAGCUAUAAGAUCAGAGCACUGAUGAAAGCGCCUCCUCUGCUUCACCCCAGAGUCGGCAUUGAUCUGUGGGCUGCUGGGAGAAGUGACUUUGAUUCCACUGAUGUCAGCUGUGCUUUUUCAAGGAUGGUGCCCUGCCUUUCCAUCCAAGAAAGCUAAGGCAGCACCAUCCUUGGAAGUGGAGCUAGGGGAGGAGUGCGGGGGCCUGGUGAUACCAGGGUGCUAGGGACAGGUCAAGAGCUUCAGCUUGCUCUUAGAGUGAUGUCUCACAGAGAUGGUUAUAAACCUUUGUGAUUAUGAAAUAUCACCAUCAUAAAACAGUAGGAAGGAAAAGCUUGCACUUCUGGAAUUCAGGGGCAAUGAUAAUUGGUGAUAGCUGCCCAGGAUGGUUGGGACAUGCCAGGCAGUUUGGAGCCAAACAUGAGGUAAUAGAAUGCAGAGCAUCUUAAUACCGUACCCCAUCCCCCGAACCACACUUCCCACCAUCCCCUUCAUGGCUCUCAUGACCCACAGGCAGCACUAUUUCCCCAGGGAGCAAGAUCUAAGGACAUUUUAGCACUGAGACAGUAGUGAUCAGCUCCUGGGAGCUCUGCGGAGAGCUUGGGAGGGGCAGCUUGGCUACCUUCUGCCUCACUCCCUCCCCCAGUCAUCUGGGGCUCUGCAGAAUUGGAGUUGAAACACCCCACUCCCACAGGGGAGAAUCUACCCAGGGUAUUGUCUGUCUCCCUAAUCCCUCUCAGCAUGCCAGGUCCCGGCUCCCUGAUAAAGAUAAGAUGCAACCAAGGGCGAACAAGGUAGAGUCUCUCCUCCAGAGACUUGCCACCCGCCCUACAUUUGGGGGUAGCAGCAAGAUACCAGGCCAGGCACAACUGGAGAAUGGGAGUGGCGGGGUUGGGGGACAGCAGUAGCUGAAGAGUAGCUGACUGAAUAAAAGGCUUGUCCACU